UCUUUCUUUUUUUUUUUUUUGGAAAUGGACGCGACGUGUGUGUGGAGUGUGUGGAGAUUGAACGCGUCUUUUUAUCGCCUUUUUUUUUUUUUCUUUCGUGUCAAAUGUCUCGUCGCGUCUUCUUUUUCACGCGUAUGUACUGGAUGUGUGUAUGCAUGUGUGUAUGCAUGUCCUCUGUACAUGGCAUAAGAUGGGUCUGUUGUCCUUGUCGUUUUGCUUCCUCUGCUUGGUUGCUGCCUUUGAUAUUUGACCAGGAAGCGGGGACAUGUGCUGGAGAAGAUGGGAUGGAUGGAUGGACCUCCUUCGUGCCCUCGUCUGCACUCCUUUUCCUUUUGCUGUUUACAUUUGUACAUGUUUGUAUGGCUGUAUGUGUGUCGGUGCAGUGGUCCGCUUCUCUUUUCGGUUGUGCUCGGAAACCUCCUUUUUUCCCUCCUCCCCUCUCUCUCUCUCGCUCAUUCACUCUUUAUCGCAUCGCAUCAAAGUCGUACCUCAGUCUGCCUUCCUUUUCCCCAUAGCAGCAGACACUCUUCGUGCCAUAUCUGCCUUCAUAUUCCAUGGCAUUCAAUCCAUUCAUUCGCUGAGUCCUGUCCUGUCCAAUCAUCCCUCCCCCCCUCUUUCCCCCUUCUUCUGUGGACUGUUUCUCCCCCGUCACCCAACUCGCCCGUCUACUCUGCGGCCCUGCACCCCACCGGCACUUAGCACCCACCACCCACCACAUCUCGUCAUCCAGUCCUGCCCCGUCUCGUUCAGUAUCCCUCUCCAGCCUUCUUUCUUCACUCCCCCCCUCCCCCUUCUUUCUCGCAUCCCAUCCUUCCUUCGGGCCCCCUGGUUGUCUGGUGAGCCCUUCGGUGCAGGCCCUGUCUUCACCCCCUCCCCGUUUCCUCACUCUCGUACACUCCCCUGCCCCCUGCCCCCCCUUCAUCCUUCCUAGCCUCCGCCACUGUCUACAAGAUGUGAAUGGGCCGGCGCGCCUUAUCUGUGGAGGAGGCCUUUAUCGCAAAUGAAAAACCAGCCGUUGUUGACGCGGGAGGGCACAAUGCUCGGUCCCCUUCUCUCCCUUCCUCGUUAACGCCGCAAGGAGCUUCCAGCUGCUGUAAAU